CUCUCCCUCCCUCCCUCCCUCUCUCCUCUACACACACACACACACACGUCCGGAUUUAUGAUUCCCGUCGGAUUUUCGACAUGCAGCCUCCUCCGAGAAAGGUAAAAAUUACUCAAGAACUGAAAAACAUCCAUGCUGAGCAAAUGACUAAACUUCAGACGAAGCAUCAGGGGGAAUGUGACUUACUGGAGGAUAUGAGGACUUUUAGUCAGAAGAGAGCUGCAAUUGAAAAGGACUAUGCUCAGGCUCUACAGAAACUGGCCUGCCAAUACCUGAAGAGAGAAUGGGUUGGAUUAAAGCUUGAUGAAAGGACUGAACAUAGUGGGAAUAUGUAUUCAGUGUGGAAGUCCUACCUAGAAGGAGCAUUACAGGUGGCUCAAUCACGAAUAAUAGCCUCUGAAAACUAUAGAAACCAGAUCUCGGAGCCUGCCAAGAUUGUAAAAUCCAUUAAGGAACAACAGCUGAAAAAGUAUAUUGAUCAGCUGACUAGGAUCCAGGCUGAAUUCCAGGAGACUGUGAAGGAUCUGGCCAAGUCUAAAAAGAAGUAUUUUGAGCUGGAACAGAUGGCGCACGCAGCACGGGAGAAAGCUGAUCUAGAAGCCAAGUCCAAACUUAGUCUCUUUCAGUCGAAAAUAAGUUUACAGAAAGCAAGUGUUAAGUUAAAAGCACGACGCAGCGAGUGCAACAUAAAAGCUAAUCAUGCGAGGAACGACUACCUUCUCACAUUGGCAGCUGCGAAUGCACACCAAGACCGUUACUAUCAGAUCGACCUCGUAAACAUGAUGUCGGCUCUGGAUGGAAAUUUCUAUGACCAUCUUAAAGAAUACUUGAUGGUAUUCAGCAGAACGGAACUUGAGGCCUGCCAGUCUGUACAAAACACAUUCCAAUUAUUGGUGGAAGCUUCGAGCAGGGGGUUGCGGGAUUACAAUCUGCAGCUUUUUCUCCAAGAGAAUCCUGUGUUCCAAAAAUUGCAGUCGUUCCAAUUUCAGCCCAGUGACAAUGAUAUGAGUCGGCAAUUGGAGCCUGAAUCGGGAACCACAGAAGAGCACAGUCUUAACAAGGAGGCUCGUAGAUGGGCAACGCGUGUCGCACGAGAACACAAAACAAUCAUCCACAGCCAGAGGACCCUGGAUGAUCUAAAGGCUCAUGGAGUUGUGGUGUCAGAACAAGGGAGAAUUGAACUGGAACAAAAAAUAGAAGAGGCUAAAGAGACUAUUCGGAAAGCUGAGACAGUUAAGCUGAAGGCAGAAGCGCGGCUGGAAUUAUUGAGACAGAUUGGGGUUGCCGUGGAUACUUGGCUGAAAAGCGCCAUGAAUCAAGUGAUGGAAGAAUUGGAAAACGAGCGCUGGGCCAGCCUUCCCUCACUCCCCAACAGUGAGUCUGUACACGUGGGACAUCCAGAUUUAGAGAAGGAUGAUGGUGAGGAGAUGGAGGAGAACAUGGAAGUAUUUGAUGACAGCAGCUCAAGCCCUUCUGGCACAUUGCGCAUGUAUCCACUUACCUGCAAAGUGCUCUACUCUUAUAAGGCAAAUCAGCCGGAUGAGCUCACAAUUGAGGAACAUGAACUCUUGGAAGUAAUUGAAGAUGGAGACAUGGAAGAUUGGGUGAAGGCAAGGAAUAAGGCAGGACAAGUGGGAUAUGUCCCAGAGAAGUACCUGCAGUUCCCGACAUCCAACAGUCUCAUCAGUAUGCUGCAGACUCUGGGCUCAUUAGAUGCACGAUCCCAUUCAUCCAGUAAUUCUACAGAGCCUGAGCUCGUCACUGGGGGCAUUAACGGAGAUUCCAGUGUUUGUUUUGUGAAGGCACUUUAUGAUUAUGAGGGACAGACUGCUGAUGAGCUUUCGUUCCCCGAGGGAGCUGUGAUCAGGAUACUAAAUAAAGAAAACCAGGAAGAUGAUGGGUUCUGGGAAGGCGAGUUUAAUGGACGCAUUGGUGUCUUUCCCUCUGUGCUCGUGGAAGAACUGGCUGGGUCUGAGAACGGUGACUCUCAGUGGAUUGGAGAAGUGCAGGUAUCUCCCUCCUCAAGACCACAGACCAAUCUUCCUCCAUUACCAUUAUAUGAUCAGCCGCCCAACAGCCCCUUGAGUAGUCCAGACAAGACUGGAUCACAGGUCUUCCCCAAGUCACCCUCAGGCACAGAUCCUGAAACCUUGACUUCAGACGUGUCCACUCAUCCAGAACCACACAGAUUCACACCAGAAACUUCAGUGGGAAAAAUCCGACCAGUACGGGCAGCUCCACCUCCACCAAGCCAGCAUCACCGACGGAAACCAGAAAAGACGGAGGAGGUCGAAAUAACCCUGGUGUAACCAAAAAGGAACACCUCCGUGUGUUCAAACAAAGACUGAAUUAUUCAGCGUUUCUGGUCUCCGAUUCCCUGCGUACUCUGUGCCACAUGUGCACUGGAAUUGCCUCGUCGAGGAGCAAUAGCGGACAAAGGAAAAAAGCAGUUAUAAAACAGAUCGUGAGGAGAAUUCUCGUUUCUUUUUUAAAUCAAUAUAUCUUGUGCCUUUGCAACCAACAUCUUUCGUUCCAAUCGUAUCAAAUGGGCCAUAAAGGUUUUUUUUUUAAAAAGAGCGAGAUAUUAACUGGUUGACCAAGCCAACAUUUGUCUGGUCCAACAAAGACCAUUUCUAUUCCAGCCCAGUUUUCAAAGAAGACAUCUAGGACCCAGGCACUGCUUUCUGUCACCAGAUCAACAGAGUCCGGCACUCCUGUUUUCACACACCAAUUGUGCUGUGCAGCGCACAGACCUGGAUUGGAAAGACGUGCUAUUCCAGUAUAAUCCCAAUACCGAACUGUUAUUGCUCUACCAGUGCUGGGGUGUAGGUAGGCUAUUCGUAUCAGUCAAUCACUCAUCAUUGGACCUCGUCUUAUAGAGGCUGAAAAAUAUAAGUACAGCUGAAGGCUUCACGACAGAUCAUCGGUACAGGCGUUGUAGUCAUAGGAUUAUAUUCCAUAUUCAAUAAGAUAUUAAAGCAAGCCGCAAGGUCAUUGAACUUACCUGUAGAAAGUAUCUCCCUAUAGCACAUUAUAAAUGCAUUUAUUCAGCUAUAAUGGCAGUAAUGUUAAUGGACUUGAAGAAUGAAGGGAAUUGGCCCCUCUUGUAAGGACUGAAUGUUUUCUAAGAGAGGCUGGUUCCUCUCCAUAGUUCCAAUGCAAAGAAAGAGAAAAAAAUCAGACAAAGAAGGGAAUAAAUACAAAAAGAUGCCUCUAAACUAUGUUAACUCCAGAUUCUCUUAGUUUUCCAUAAAAGUAAUUGUUUAUGACUAAUAUUUAUGCAAUAAUUCUAGUGAAGAAGAAAAAAAAUUAAACAUCAGUAUGUUUAAAAUCGGAAAUAAUGUAUAAUCCUGUUUCCAGUGAAGCUGUAAGAGCACAAAUGCCCUGUAGUUAAGAGGCAAGGACUUGGUUUGUUUCUGGCAGAUAUGCUUUCCUUGCAUCUAUUUUAAUUUUAAAUAAAACUUUCAAAAUUAUUUCCCCUCAGAUGACCUAUUCGUGUGGUGGUUACUUGUUAACCACAUUCGCUGCUUUCAGAUUUUUUUUUCAUUUAUCUAUCAGCGUUGGCAUUAUACUCCCCACAAAAGUAUUAUAUCGGCAAAACUAAACUGGAAGAUGUGCAUUAUUGGUGAAUACUGCACUUCGUGAAUACAGUGAGCCACUUGAAUUGUAUUGUGUGCAUUAUUCAUCAAGCAAUCCAAGGGAAACCAUUAUGUUUCAGCAGGAUUGCUAUUAUCACAAGAAGACAAGAAAAGUAUGUCCAACGUCACUGACAAAAUGUGUUUAAAGUGACUUGCCAGAGCAAGGUAUAGAUUUCUGGAUUAUGUGCACGAUUCACCUUGAACUCUACAAUUGGGACCUUUCAGACUUGCCAUAUUUAAUGUACUAAAGGUUAAUCAGAAAACUGGAAAACAGGACUGGAAGCUAAGACAGCAUUUAACCUGCUGUAGAUGUCAAACACUAAAUACUCGGCAAAUGUGUCCAACAAAGUGACUAAGAGAAGUCAUGGAGGUAAAUCUAGUUUUAAAGAGAAAACUGCUUUGCACAGUAGAUUCUUGCUGGAUGACCCAAGGUGAUAAACUAAGACAUCAUUCAAACAUGAUGGGUACCGUUUGUUCAAAUACUCAAGUUCUCUUUCACUUCCACCCCCCAAAAUAAAACUGGGAGUGUUGUUAUUCCAAGCUGUUAUCAAUCUUGCGUGCCAGUACUUCUGGAGAAGAAAUUGAGGUUAGCAGUUGUAUUUUUGAUUUCAACUACAGUACUUUAUCAUUUGAUUCGAAUUCUGCAUCUCAGUACUGUUGACAUAGAAAACUGCAGCGUUCAGAUGCUACACUUCUUCCGAUGCUAGUAAUAUUCUUCCAAUAGGUAACUUAAAGACCAACAAAAGAUGUUUUGGUUCGAAUAUGCAGCUAUUUUAUUUUCGUAAGCUUAGAAAACUAUUCUCCCGUAUUCAAGCUGUGGCUGAACACCUGGGAUUUUAACAUUGGUCGGCAAGAUUCAAAAUUGGAUUGCAUUGUUUUACCAAUAAAAGCACUUUCAAUUCAUUACUUAAGCACAUCUUCUAGUUCAUUAUUGUAUAUUAUUUACCGGAUGCUUUUGGAUUCAGUAGCCAGUUGAUUCUUUGUGAUUUUUCUUUUUCCGACAGAUACAUUUCAUCAGUGCAUACUUUAGCUGAACUAACUGUACUCUGUACAGACUAGGUGUAUUACUAGGUUACAACCAUCCAAAUCAUAAUUCAUAUUGCUAAUUAGUAAAGAUACUGUAUCCCACUUAUAUUCGUGGCAACUCCUCAGAAAGCCAAACUUGCAGAGCUGUAGUGCAACCCCACUAGAUGCCAAAGUGAACAUAAUCUGCUGCCUGAGAAGGCAGCUUUUGUUUUCCUUCUCUCGAACCCCAGAAUCACGGACUCUGGCUAGAGAUCACCAUAGUUUUGCUUUCGUUUUCCAUCAUAUCGCUCGUUGGUGUUUUGCGACACAAAUACUCUUUCUCAGAGAGGGGUGAAAAAGAGAAGAGAGAAUUGAUAGUGAGGAAAGUUGUCCUGUCCUGCAGGCAGAUUGUUCUUUUGCUGACCUGCAGCUUUAGCGAUGAUUUUAGAGCAGUCCAUGACUGGUACUGGGGCACCUCCCAGCUCAAGGAACAUAAUGGCCAAACCAGGAAGGCUUAGAAAAGGUUAAAUAUCUGCAGCCUCAAAGACGCACGUGUAAACUACUACUGUUGCAGUUGAACCUUGAUAGAUAGAACUAUGUUUGCUGAUGAUGCCUGAAUCGGAUUUCUUUUUUAAAAGGAAUGAAUGGGAAUAGUAUGUGGGACUUUGUGCUUUGUAUCUGGUAUGUGUUGCUAAUAUUUCCUAACACCUGCAGUUGUUAAUUAAGGAGAAAUUGAGCUCUUUAUGAAGGCUGGUGUAACUUAGAUUUUCUGCACAUCUGUUUGAUAGUUCAAAUUUGAUUUGCGAUUGCAAAGGCAAUCAGGCAUCCCUUAAGGAAACUCGCCAAUCUAGAAUUGGAAAAAUCUGCCUGAGAACGUGUCCUGCUAAAGUGUUCCUACUUACAACAGCCGUGACUUGUGUUCAGAUGUUUCUCCCUUGUUCGAAUCCAGAUUCAUUGCUGGUUCAUCUCAUGGAUGUUUCUGGUGCAGAUUAGCUGCUGAGAGGACCUCUACGACAGUCACUGAACUUCAGAGUUACUCUUUGUUCAGGAAGCACUUUGAGAUGCUUUGACUUGAUGAGCCACAAUAAUCAAUCAGAACUUUUUAUUUGCUUACUCAAUCCAGUCAUCCGAUAUAAAUCAGCUGUGGCACCAGAUAGGUCAUCGACUCAGCCUUUGUGUGGCGCUUGUGUUAGUCGGCAAGGAAUGCAGCUUUGACAUCAAAGUGUGCAGACUGUUCCUAUUCUUCAAAAUGGCCCUUCAUUAUGGAAGAUGCAUGCAAUGAACUAAUUUGGGAAAGAGAUUUUGACUGAAUGUGGCUAGAUUACUAAUGAUUAGUAUUUGAAUCUUUGGUCUCUGAAUAGUAUAAAUAUGACUUUUAUGAUCACUUGGUUGACCAGUCUCAGUUUGCAGAGGGCGAAGUGGUGCAACUUUCUAAAUUAUCCGAGCUAACAACUUUCUGUUCAUAUGUUACCUGGUACUUUUUGAUGAUACAAUGUGCAUUGAUACCUUUCGGGGAAAGCGUGCUGUAGCUGAGAAAAAUAACCGUCUCUUAAAGGCAUCGGUCCAAUUUAUAUUUACAAGUACAGAGCGGGUAAGGUUUUAUAUAUAUAUAUAUAUACAUAGGAAGCAACUGAUGAAAUGGAGGUUAAUGUAAGCAGAUAUAUCGGAUAGACUUUUAAUGCUUCGGAAAAUUGUAGUUGAGUAGAUCAUUGGAGAUUGUCUCCUAAGAUCCACCUAUCAAGAUACUGUAUCUUAAAGACUCAGUUGUGUUUUGAAGUGUUCAACUUCUUCUUUCACUUGGAGAGAUGAGGGUAUUAAAAUUAGAGAGACUGCAGUGUGAAUGUCACAUGGCUUCAAACUAGAUGAACACCUUUUUCAAACCAACUAUUAUUAUUAACCUCUGAGUGCCCAUGUAGAUUUUGGCGACACGUGACGUAGCAGUGACAUAACUCACACUGCACCUUUCUCAGGCGUAGGUCCAAGUACUGCUGAGACCAACACUCAACGUAAAUAAAGAGGUUCAGUUUCCUCACUUUACAGCAGGCUGAGACCCUGUCAGAAGGGCAAGUAACAUUUCAGUGUUUAGAAGAAAGCACAAUGAGGAGGGAAUGAUAACAGGGAAUUUACUAAAAUUCUCCAUAUCCAACAGUAAACUGGUUAUUUAUUUACAACCUUGCUCUCAGAUGUUUUCAUUCCUACUUCACUUAUUCAUUUCUUACUUGUAUCUCCCGAAGUCAUUUUUUUGUUUACUUUGAAAAUGUUUACAGACCGUAUUUUUUUAUAAUCUGAAGAUCUUGCUAUUACCAAGUCAUUAAAUUCAUUUAUAGGAAAGUUACCCUGAUUUCCUUUCAGUCGUUGAUUUGUUUUGCUGGUAUGUUCUUAUUGUAUAUUUCUUCACACGAGUAUUUUAAAACUGCAUUUUUGCUUAUUUUCUUUUCAUAAAACACAUUUUAAGAGCUGCUAAAAGAACAUUUUUUUUGAACUAUUAAGUUUCCUUUUAUCCAAGAAUAUACACAGGACUGGUCCUCCACAUUAUACAUUGUACAGUGUCAGUACUUCAAGCAGAGAAAGCAAAUGUGCAAAAGGUUUUCUGCGAUGUAUUGGCUGUUUAAGUUGUAUUUAUUAUGUACAAAAUGUUAAAUAAUAAAAAUUUGAAAUUUAUUCAA